AUGACAGACACAAGCGAUCGCUCUGCGCUCGGCUUCUCGUUGUCGUCGUUGUUGCCGAGCGGGGCGCAUCCGAUAGUAGCAAGCGCAUUGCUUGUCUUGAUUGUGAGUCCCCCAGCUUCAGGGUUGUUCCUUCCCAGCACUGACCAUGCAAAGUCCGCGUUUGUGUACGGCUUUUACAACGCGUUCCUCCACCCGCUCCGCCACUACCCCGGUCCUCUACUCUGGCGAGCCUUCCGCAUCCCACAUGUCGUCUCAACACACCGUGGCGAGAUUCACAAACGACUCACUGAAUUCCACACCAAAUAUGGACUUGUCGUGCGUGUCGCUCCCAACGAGCUCUCUUAUGCCAGCAGCCGUGCGCUGAAAGAAAUCUACGUCACUCGUCCUGGCCAUCUACCAUUCGAGCGUAACCGCACUUCAUUCAAGAAGCAGACCCCAACGGAUCCAAACUCCAUCGUCAACUGGCACGAAGGCGACCACGCAAGAUACAAACGAGCGUUUGCGAAUGGUUUCUCGGAGAAGAUCCUGAAGGAACAGGCACCGAUCAUUGAGAGCUACGUUGACCUCUUCAUGACACAGCUCAAGAAAAGAAAGACGAUCGAUCUCGAAAAGUGGCUGAACUACCUGACCUUUGACAUCUCCGGCGACUUCACCUAUGGCGAGUCCUGGAACUGUGUUGCGAACGGCAAAGCGCAUGCCUGGGUCGACAUUUCCCAAGACUUCGGUAAAGGGCUUGCGUUGAUCCAAUCGACCAACAUGUAUCCACCGAUUGACAAGCUGCUCCGCUACAUUAUCCCCAAGCGAAUCCUACAAAGGAGCAUGGAGCACCGGAAGAUGAGCUUUGAGCAGGCUCGCAAGAGGAUCGCAAUGGACACGGAGCGUCCAGAUUGGGUGACGCCGACCAAGAAAUACAGCGACCUCAAAGACCCAUUUACAGGCCCUGAGUGGGGCAUAAACCUGCUCGUACUCGCCUUCGCGGGGAGUGAGACUUCAGCUAGUGCCCUGACUGCAAUCGUCAGAUCCCUGGUACAGCACAAGGGCGUGCUGCAUCGACUCACCGCGGAGAUCAGGGAGACUUUCCAGAAUGAGAGCGAUAUCACAGUGGCAACAACAGGAAACCUGACGUACCUCAACGCAGUCAUUUCAGAAAGCAUGCGCCUCAACCCUCCCGUCGUAAUCGGGGUCCCCCGUAUCGCACCUGCAGGCGGCGAUAUGGUGUGCGACAAAUGGGUUCCUGAAGGAACCUACGUAGCCUUCAACCAAUUCUCCGCCUACCGACAAUCCUACAACUUCCGCAAUCCAAACUCCUUUAUGCCGGAGAGGUUUCUGGACCCGAAGUCGUAUCACGAAGAUGACAUGGACGUCUUUCACCCUUUCCUGGUGGGCAGACACAAGUGCGUGGGCGUCAGUUUUGCGUGGUCUGAGAUGCGUUUGAUACUUGCGAGGCUGGUGUGGAGUUUCGAUAUCAGGCUCAAGGAUGAGCGGGAUAGGUGGGACUGGGGGGAGCAGUGCACUUAUAUCCUUUGGGACAAGAAGCCGCUAGAGGUUAUACUGGAUCAUGUCAAUAAGUAG